AUGGAGAGUCUUUUUGUCCAAAGACUCAAAGUCAAGAGGGCGACUCUAAGUAUGCUGAUUGCUGAGGUCAAAAUCAUGGCCGAGGCAAGACAGCCACAUGUCGAGAAUAUGAAGACGCGCUUGAUUGAUAUCGGCAAAAUGCUGGCAAAAACCCCGAUGGAUAGCAGUGUUUCGAAAGCGCUAUCCAACCUCAAAGGGAUCAAAUUCUUGCCUAAGAUGUCGAACGAUGGCACAUCUGUGCUUGUAGGUGCAGAAGAAGACUUUGCCAUAUCAGAUCAUCAACGAUAUGGCGACGCAUUUGCAAACAGCAAUGCUUUGCUUGACUUUCGGGUACAUGAGGUCCAAAGUCUUCAUAGCAUCUUCGAACAAAUGGGCUUGAUGCAUCGCUAUCUUUCGUCCUUGGUGAAGGAGGUUUCUGAUGUUGGAGAGAACUGCAUUGAGGACGCAGUUUUGUCUCAGCAACUCCAAGUCAGGGCUUACGCAUUAUACUGUAUUGAAGAGCUUGAGGACGUCCUGGUCGAGCAAGACAUUCCACCAGUGUCAUGGGUCAACAAACCUAUGAUAGUGGUUCCAUAUGGUCCGAAAGACGAUAGGCCAAUCACGCCCCCAGCAUCUCACACCGGUAGUGACUCAGCGACAGCAGUUUCGCGCUCUAGACCAAUAACACCCGAUGCGACACCCACAUAUCAUGGACGAGCAGUGCCGACUCCAGAUGAAGAAUACAUCGCAGAGGCUACUCCACCUCCAGAAUACCCUGUACUCAUAGAGCAAAUCGUCCGAAGUGCACAAAGAACUAGUCGCGUGCGCCACAAUGCCGAAGACAUUGCUGAUCAAACGACAUUCGCCGAUCGAGCUCGGGACUAUAAUCACUACGCGACUUUUGGUUCCCGGGAGAGAGAUCCUUUCGUGCAUGAUAAACGUAUUGGUGCUGCAGGCGAAGGCUAUGUCUUCGAAUUGCUGAACAGCCUCAAUCUACCGAAAUUUUCAGAAGCAAAUUGGCGCAGCACCAUCCGCAGCGAACUUUCACGCUCAACGCACUUCGCAAAUAUAGCGAAUUGGACAGGCCGCGAAACAGCAGAUAUCGUAUAUAAGGACGAAUCUGGGCAGCUUACCCAGUACCUUCGUGAACAUUGUGAGGGCGACUUCCCAAAUCAGAUUCGCGAAGACAGGAACUUUCAGACGCAUCCGAUCGAGUAUUUUCUCGAGGUGAAGACCACAACUGGAGAUUGUAAGACGAGGUUCUACAUGAGCUCUGGGCAGUAUAAGCGGAUGGAGAACAUGGCGCUUGGAAUUUUUGAGUGGAAUCCUAGCCAAGUAUAUGUCAUCAUGAGAGUAUACGAUUUGAUAUCACCAGACGUAGGCCUGAAGAUAUAUAUUGAUCCUCUGCGGUUCAGAAACACCAAGUUGAAAUUUGAGGCGGAGCAAUGGUUUGUCAGUACUCUGUAG